AUGGCGUCCCAAGAGUUUGACGACAACACCACGACACUGGCCUUGCGGGGCAUCGCCAAGCGGUACAGCAUCGAGGCGAUCUUAGAGCUCUUGGAUGCCGCGACAGGGAAGUCGGAACCUAGAAGGUACGACUUUGUCCACAUGCCUGGCGGCGGAGCCUCGCAUGCAGGGCUGGCCAUCGUGAACUUCGUCGAUGCCACCUCCUGCAGGACGUGCUGCGAAUAUGUGCGCGAUCUCCAGGAGAGAGGCUUUCUCCCCGGCAUCAAGAGCAUCGGUCGCUCUCGUGUGCAGGGCUUCGCAGAGAACCUCGCCUUCUACGCUGCGGCUGUCAAGCAGGAGCGGGAGCGCAUCAACGAGAGGCCUCUGAUCUUCGCCCCUGGCUUCCAAGAUAUGGACAUGGAUACGUUGCUUCAGCUCUUCGUGUCUCAGGACAUGAUGGUCACGGCUGGGCAGCAGGCGAAGGUCAUGUACAAGAAGUCGCAAAGUGGCGAGAGUCAAGGUCGCAGGAGCGACUCUUCGAGUUCAUCGGACCAUCUCGGGGAUGAGGCACCACUGCGAGGGCGCCAGCCUACGCUGGAGGAGUUAUGCGAAAUUGACGACCUCUUUGCCACUACGACGCCGUCUCGCCAAUCCGACGUUGUAAUCUUCUCGCUCUAG